GGAUGUUAGCGGGUGGGAGGUGCGGUCGGGUUGCCACAGCCAGAGCUGGGCGGUGGCGGGUGCUGCUGGAAGAGUCUCGCAGAUUCUGAGUAGGUGGCGCGAUGGAGGGACUGGAAGAAAAUGGAAGUGUCCAAGUUGGAGAAUUAUUACCUUGCAAGAUUUGCGGAAGAACAUUUUUUCCAGUGGCAUUAAAAAAACAUGGACCUAUUUGCCAGAAAACUGCCACGAAAAAACGAAAGACUUUUGAUUCAAGCAGACAAAGAGCUGAAGGAACUGAUAUUCCAACAGUAAAACCUCUUAAACCUAGGCCUGAGCCACCAAAGAAGCCAUCUAAUUGGAGAAGAAAACAUGAAGAAUUCAUUGCCACCAUCAGAGCAGCUAAAGGCCUUGAUCAGGCUCUUAAGGAGGGGGGCAAACUUCCUCCUCCUCCUCCUCCUUCCUACGAUCCUGAUUAUAUUCAGUGUCCAUAUUGCCAGAGGAGAUUUAAUGAAAAUGCAGCUGAUAGACAUAUAAAUUUCUGUAAAGAACAGGCAGCACGUAUUAGUAAUAAAGGCAAAUUCUCUACCGAUACCAAAGGAAAAGUGACUUCUCGGACACAGUAUAAGCCACCUGCACUUAAAAAGUCAAAUUCUCCUGGAACUACGCCAGGAUCUUCACGAUUACCGCAGCCGAGUGGCAUAAGCAAAACUAUUGGAGGUGUGCCUUCAGGUAAAGUGUCUUCAGUUAGUAGCUCUUUGGGAAACAAACUUCAGACCUUAUCUCCCUCCCAUAAAGGGAUAGCAGCCCCUCAGGCUGGUAAGAUGGACAAGUUAGGCCCUCCACUUCGAACUGGAAGACAGUUGUAUGACAGUGAUACAAAAUCAUACAGUGCCGUCAAAAGACAUGAGUUAUUACCCAUUUACAAAACUAACAUCAAACCUCGAAAUUCUACACCACCUAGUUUGGCACGAAAUCCUGCCUCAACUGUACUUACAAGCAAGAGAAAAACAUAUGCUGAAAGCUACAUGGCCAGGCCAGAUGGAGACUACAUAUCUUCAUUCAAUGGUGGAAACAUUAAAGGCAAUGAAGGAAAUUCAUCUGGACACUUACCAAAAUUCUGUCAUGAGUGUGGGACUAAAUACCCUGUAGAAUGGGCAAAGUUCUGCUGUGAAUGUGGCAUUCGAAGAAUGGUUCUGUGAACAAAAUCCCAAAAGAAAAAGAGCUAAGUCCAGAAUUUUAUGACUUGCUGCUUCCAGCUAGAGCACUUCUUCUAGUUAUUUUGUGCUAAAAUUAUUCAAAAUACUUUUUCCAGCAAUUUUUGGAGUAUACUCCUUCGGCUAUGUAAUAUGUGUGUGUGUAUAUAUAUAUAUGUACAUAAUAAAUGUAUAAUAAAUACUUGAUACCCCAAACUGUGCCAUUCAAGGAAAUAUUUACUUAUCUGUCAGAAAAUAAUUUCAAGUGGAAUCAUUAACUUAGGUAUUAGUUUUAUAUUGCUGUCAUUAAAACCCAGUAAGGAUAUGUCUACAAACCCUCAGACUCUAGUGCUUGGCCCUUCGUGCUUUAGGAUGAUUAUUAUUUGAACAAAAAAUCAAAAUAAACAUUUUUAUUAUUGGUGCCUAUUUUCACGUAUUAUUGGUAUCUGUUAUAGUAGGAUGGGAUGAAGAAUUGAAGAGAAUAUUUUUAGUUACAGUUAGUUAUGUGAGAUCAUUUUCCUGUAGAGCUCUUCAAUAGUUCAUUUAUAAAUAUUUUAAAAAAUAGGAAAGAAACCAAAAACCUCAAGGUCUAUGUUACCCUUUUACGCGGUGUAUGAUUAAUUAUAUAAUUUAAAUAUCUUUACUCAUUCUCUGAAAAUGUAAUUAUACAAUUUCCUUUUCAGAGACACAAGGCUGAAAACACAAAUAUAUCCUAUUCUAGUUAUAACAGAAUGUUUUGUUUUACCUCUAUGUAUUAUUUGAAAGUAUAUUCUUUUUUACUUCUAACUGCAUUUGGAAAGUUUCACUUUUUUUUUCCUUUCUAUAAUCUCAUGACUAAAGAGUAUUUUUAAUUUACUACUUCAUUUUUGCAGUUUGAACAUGUAAUUAUUUAAUAUAAAAAUGCAAAAAUUUCUUUCAAAAUCUUUUAUGUUUAUUUCUAUGUAUCUGAAUGUAGAAGAAAUUACUAUAAUGGAUUUUAAAACAAAUCACCUCACCUAAUAAAUAAUAAUUUUGGUAAAUAAUCACUAGUGCAGGGCAUGGAGGUAAAAGUAUUCAAAUUCAGUCCCUUGAAGUAUAUAGACAGAUGUAGUUAUGAUUAGGUUAAGAAAAUAUCUAGUUUUUCCUACUCAUGUUUUCUUUUUAGUUUUUAAUGUUGAAACACCAUUCACAUCACAAGGCAUUGAAAAUGCAUUGCUUUAAUGCACACCUGACUUAUUAUGUGAUUAAACAUUCACAAAAAUUUAAUUAUACUCUUUCUUUCACUUUGGCUAAAAUACAGCUUUUAUCAUUGUCACAUUCAAUGUAACGUAGUCUUUAGUACUAAAUCUCUUUGCUUGUGCAGCCAUAUUCAGUAAUUUAGUAGUAAUUUCUGUUGAAUCAGACCUAAUAGCUUUGAUCAUAUUAUAAAGCACAAGCAAAUCUUUUAUAGGCAAUUUCUAGCUUCUUGUUUAUGAUUCUGAUCAACUAGAAGAAUCAAUGUACAAAUUUGUGGCAUAUAAUUUUCUCUGAAAUUCAUUUAUGCUUAUACUUUAUAAUUUUAUUCAUUAGUCAUUUUUUCAUUCAGGCAGGGGAUAUAGACUUAAUGGUAAUGGGAAUUGUCGUUUUACUUGCAUUAAUUGUCCUAAUUGUCAUCGAUCACAUGAAGAACUUUUAACUCUUGUUUUAUCUAGAAUGGAGUUCUAUUUUCUUUCAAGUAUUUUUUAAGACCACAUAAAUUUUUGUCUGCUCAAGGAAAGGGUAGAUAAAUGGGCUUAAAUAAAGUGGCACAUGUUUGAUUCUCACUGAAUUUUAUAGUAAGUAAAUGUUAUAAUGUACUACAUGGAAAAUGAAUUCAUUAAGGAAUCAUCCAAUUCCAGAACACAGAUUAUUAUAAAUAGUAGGUAGGUGAAUAUAUUCACGAAUUACGAAACAUGUUAUAACAUUGUAUUUAAAUGCAUUUUUUAUAUUACUUGCAUAUGUUCCCACAUUGAUUUGUUGUGCAAUAGUUCGAUUUUUAAGAAAUUUUCCUAGAUCUGUGCAUCAUUUUUAUUUAUUUUCACAAGUAUUUGCCAGUG